UUGCGGAAGUGCGUGAAGCCGGUUUUUUGGGUGUCCAUCGCAAUCAUGCUGCUGUGGAUUCUGUCCGGGUCUCUGGUUCUGUUCGGCAGUGUUGACGUGUGGUACUUCCUGAGAGGCUCGUGGAUGGCGAUCAAGUGCUGGUUCCAGGGUCCGAUUCGAGACGUCCUGGCCGAGCAGGUCGUUCACGGACGGGUUCUGCCUCACGACCUGGACUUCAUGUGUCACAUGAAUAACGCCCGCUAUCUGCGCGAGUGCGACUUCGCCCGCUUUGCGCACUGCACCCGGAACGGGCUCUUCGGGGCCGCACGCGCGCUCAACGCCACCAUGGUGGUCGGGGCCACAACCAUCCGCUACAGACGCUCGCUGGCCCUCGGCGAGGCGUUCGAGCUGCGCACCCGCAUCGUGUCGUGGGACGAGAAGUCCUUCUACAUAGAGCAGAGAUUCGUGUCCAAGUCAGACGGGUUCAUUUCUGCUGUCAUGCUGUGCCGACAGAACGUGAUUCGAGGAAAUCCACAGAAGAUCUUGGAUUUCCUUUGCAAGAGGGGGGUGGACUGCCCUGACAUUUCCGAGGAUCUUCAGCACUGGAUUAGAUUCAUCUCUGCUAGCAGUCAGGCUCUGAGAGCUGAGAGUGGACUAGACGAGAAGACCAAAUGAUCAUAUCUAAAACUCUUACCGUAAGCCUUCCUUGUGCAUGUAAGUUUCCCGUGACGCUAACCUUGAAUCAUGUAGCUUAUCUCUAAAUGUCAGUUUUAAAAUUUAAAAAAAGACCAGUUUUCUGGUCCAGACCCUGUCAGUGUUUACUCUAUCAUACCAGCCCUUUGUAGAGUUUAUUUUAGUUCAGAAGUAUUAUACUCUCAUUAUUGUAUUUACAAAAUCCACUUCAGAAGCUGCAAGGAAUGAAACUGACAAAAACGCAGAGCAUGUUUCUCUGUUGACAAAGAGAACGCAUGAUCGAAUGUUGAGAAAACUUGAAUGCUUGGAGCAUUUGAACGCUCCCAUGACCAAAUACGCACAUGAACGUUACGAAAAUCACUUUAAAAGGAUUUGCACUGAAUAUUUUAAUAGUCGAAAUGGUAAAUGAGAUCUGAGCGUGCUGUUUUAUCAUAUCACCUCAAUGAUUUGUUGUGCCGGUCAGAUAUGUUAAUUACUUAUUUAAAAGUGAAAUGGUUUAUUAUUAUUAUUAUUUGUGAAAAGGGAACAUAUUUAUUCAAGUAAAAAAUAUGAGAUUUGCAUAAUUUAUUUAUGUAUAAUUAUUUAACCACCUGUAAUGAAACCUGAUGCCUUGCAUUAUGAAAUAAAGUACUGCAUCAUCAAUAUUGUUUGUCUAUGUUUCUAAGUUAUUAGAAGCAUUUGCUUAUAAACACUGUUCAUGUAUCAAGUGAAUGCAACACUGCUGCCAUCUAGUGUCGUGUUACACUCUCAAAGUGGAAAGUUGAAUUAAAAAUGUACAUGCAUUUCA